UUCUGUUGUAUCUUUUAAUAUGGAUUAUAAACUUGUAUAUGCUGGAACUGUUGCUUCACUUUUGGCAAUUGUAUGGUAUAGCUUAAGAGGAAAGAAGAAGAGCAUUUCCUCAGGAAAGAACUUCAAAAACGAAAUAAUAAAGAGCCUUGAAAAGGAAAUGUGCCGUUCUGAAAAAGUUGCAACCACUGACAUAAUUAUUGUUGGUGCUGGUGUUGCUGGUUCAGCUCUUGCUUACACUCUUGGCAAAGAUGGAAGACAAGUUCGUGUAAUUGAAAGAGACUUGACUGAGCCUGAUAGAAUUGUUGGUGAACUCUUACAGCCUGGGGGCUAUCUGAAGCUGAUCGAGCUGGGUCUUGAGGAUUGUGUUGAAAAAAUUGAUGCUCAAAAAGUGUUCGGAUAUGCUAUUUACAAGGAUGGCAAAAGUACUAAGCUAUCCUAUCCUCUGCAAAGUUUUGAAACAAAUAUUGCUGGAAGAAGUUUUCACAAUGGUCGUUUUAUACAAAGAAUGCGCCAGAAGGCUGCUACUCUUCCCAACGUAAAGUUGGAACAAGGAACGGUAACAUCUCUUCUCGAAGAAAAGGGAACUGUUAAAGGAGUCCAUUACAAGACCAAAACUGGUCAAGUAUUGACAGCUAAGGCUCCCCUUACAAUAGUAUGUGAUGGUUGUUUUUCAAAUUUACGACGAUCACUCUGCAACCCUAAGGUUGAUAUCCCCUCUUGUUUUGUUGCUUUGGUCCUCGAGAACUGCAAUCUUCCAUUUGAAAAUCAUGGACAUGUAGUUCUAGCUGACCCUUCACCCAUUUUGUUCUAUCGUAUUAGUAGCACUGAGAUUCGUUGUUUAGUUGACGUACCUGGCCAAAAAGUACCUUCAAUUUCCAAUGGUGAAAUGGCCCAAUAUUUGAAAAAAAUGGUGGCUCAACAGAUACCCUCUGAGUUGCGUGCAGCUUUCAUUUCUGCAAUUAAGAAGGGAAACAUAAGAACAAUGCCAAACAGAAGCAUGCCUGCAUCUCCUUAUCCAACUCCAGGUGCAUUAUUGUUAGGGGAUGCAUUCAACAUGCGCCAUCCUUUAACUGGAGGAGGAAUGACUGUGGCACUUUCCGAUAUAGUUCUAUUACGCAACCUUCUUAGACCUUUACACAAUCUUAAUGAUGCAUUUGCCCUCUGCAAAUACCUUGAAUCCUUUUAUACUCUCCGAAAGCCAAUGGCAUCUACAAUAAAUACAUUAGCUGGUGCCCUUUACAAGGUUUUCUCUAUAUCGACUGAUUUAGCAAGAAAUGAAAUGCGCCAAGCGUGUUUCGACUAUUUGAGUCUUGGAGGUGCUUUUUCAAAUGGACCAAUAGCUUUACUCUCCGGAUUAAAUCCUCGCCCGUUAAGUUUAGUGCUACAUUUCUUUGCAGUGGCUGUCUAUGGUGUUGGUCGGUUAAUACUUCCAUUUCCUUCACCUAAAAGCUUAUGGACUAGUGCUAGACUGAUAAGGGCUGCAUCAGGUAUCAUUUUUCCCAUAAUGAAGACAGAAGGUGUUAGACAAAUGUUCUUCCCUCUAACUGUGACAUCAUAUUAUAGAGCUCCUUCUACUUAUUGACCACUUUUUGCAAUUUCACUAGUAUUUUUCAUGCUGUUUUCCAUCAGAAAAUCUAAUUUACAAGCUCAAGAAAAGGGUUUUCAGUAUAUUAUACAUUGUAUAGAAAUUUUCUAGGAAUGCAUUCUUUGAUUGGAAACAAGUAUAGGAACUGUGUUGUUGAAUUAUUCAAUUCUUUUAAAUGAUAAGAACUGUUGAGUCAUUGUUCUAC